ACGUGACUCGGAGAUGGCGGCGCCCUGCGAGCAGUGGUGGUGAUCCGCAGCGUCUCCUUCGUCACCCACUCCUCACCCUCACACUCCUCUCCCUCACACUCCUCUCCCUUACACCCCUCACACUCACCCUCAUCACCCUCACACUCGUCGCCCACUCCGCUCGUCACCCACUCCGCUCGUCACCCUCACACUCCUCACCACCCUCACCACCCUCACCCGUCACCCUCACCACCCUCACCCUCGUCACCCUCACACUCGUCACCCAUUCCGCUCGUCACCCACUCUCCCUUCCUCUCGUCUCCCUCCACUGCCUGGAUCUGAGAGGCCGUCCCCGCCACCGCCGCCACCAUCACCACCCCCCAUCAUGCGGUGCUGCGCCAGGAGCGCGUAGCGCUGGCACACCCAAUGGGUCAGAGCGCGACGCGGCCGGCUGUCGCAAGCCCCGAGGACAUGUCCGCGCCGUGCCUCCUCCCGCUUCUCGUCGACCUGUCGGCCGCCCCGGACGACGUCCUGCUGGAGAUCCUGAGCUGGGUGCCGGAGGCCGACCUGAGCCGCCACUGCCGCGCUGUGUGCUCCGCCUGGCGCCGCCUCGUCGACUCGGGCGCCCUGUGGAAGCUCAAGUGCCGGCGCGAGGGCAAGUGGAGUGAUGCCCGCUGCUCCAGGAUGCCCCUGCCGCCCGCGUUUGACUGGAGGGCCUUCUACCUGAAGGGCCCAUUCAGCAGGAACCUGCUGCAGAACCCCUGCGCUACCAACCAGUUUGACGGUUGGCAUAUCACAAGCAACGGCGGCGACCGUUGGAACGUGGAGGACGUGAUGGUGCCUCUUCCAGAGCCGCACACCCACAUCACCAAGUCCUUUGUGUCGUCCUACAACUGGUGCGGCAAGGAGCAGGUGGUGUCCCUGCUGGCAGAGGGGCUCUGGGUGGAGCUGCUCGACGAAUACCAGCCCCACAUCGCCGUCUCGGACUGGUAUGCCGCACGCUGGGACUGCGGCUGCGUGUACGAGCUGAGUGUGACGCUGCUCGCUGAGGAUAAGAGCCGAGUCCUCGCGCGCUUCGACCACAAACCCAAGCCCAUCCCGCAGUGGACCGACGCUUGCUGGAACCAGGUGAGCCACGUGUUCCGCGACUACGGGCCCGGCGUGCGCUACCUGCGCUUCGAGCACUCGGGCAAGGACACGCAGUUCUGGUCCGGCUGGUACGGGGCCAGGAUGACCAACAGCAGUGUCACCGUGAGCAUCCACUGAGAGGCUGGCGGCAGCCUCCUGCUGCAACGCGCCUGGAUCCGAACCUCCAGAGUGUGCGGAAGCGGAGCGCGGCACCCCCGGCACCCCCGGCACCAGAGCCGUGCAGCAAGAAGCGCCUGGGUUUGAUUCCCAACUCCUCGCGCACUUUUCAAUUUUUAUUGGACGUUGUACGUUCUCUCUCCCCGUUGUUCUGCUGGGAGAGAGAAUGUCCCACCUCCGAUUUAGCAUGCUUGGCUACGUACGGUGCGAAAGAAGUUGAACAUACAUGACAAUAUUCUCUCGUUGUUUCAUGAGGGAUACGUUCUGGAGAUGCUCGUGAAUGGCACAUUGUGCGGAUAAUGAUAUUGGCGGACGAAAAAACGAUCUUUUUAAUAAAUCACCUUAAAUAAAUGCGUAAAUAAGCUAAUAGCUAUGAGCGUUAUCUCAUCACUUUAUCUCGUUACUUUCAUCACUUUAUCUCUCUUCACUUUAUCACUCAUCACUUUCUCUCAUCAAUUUGUCUCAUUUUAUUUCUCAUCACUGUAUCACUCAUCACUUUAUCUCUCAUCACUUAAUCUCUCAUCAUUUUAUCUCUCAUCACUUUAUCAAUCAUCACUUUAUCUCUCGUGACUUUGUCUCUCAUCGCUUAUCUCUCACCGCUUUCUCUCUCUCGACGCAGCAGUUGUGUGGAGCUCCAGAUGCAAUUCGCUAAUAUCCAAAUUUCCGAAUAGCGAGUUCGUGAAUAACGAGGAAAUACUGUACAUACGUACCUACAUGCAGAGUGUGAGUGAGAGUGUAUAAGGGGAGCGGCGGAACAGUGAUUAGCGCACUGCUACGAGCCUGGCUACACGGGUUCCAUUUCCGCUCACGACCAAUAACGGUGGCAAAUAUUUGAAGGAGCUUGGGCCUAGCUGGGUCGACUCUGUUUCAAAUGAGUACCUGGCGCGGUAUGUAAAUGUAAGGUAUGUAAACCAUCAGCACUUGGCAGACAAAGGUGACCUGGCGUGGUGCUGGCCAACCACCCCCCUCCCUCGUGUGCCGUGCCGACCUUCAUUGGUACUCAUCCAGAAGAGUUUUGUUUUUCAUUGGUGCUGCUUGCAAACAGCACUUGCCCCCUGCGGUUUGUUAAAUGUUAUAUGGAGUGGUGGGGCGUCUUUGUCUCUGUGCGAGUGUACGUAGAGUUUGCAAUGUUUCUCUCCGUGUUCUGCGAUUUGUUUCCACUGGGUUUUCCAGUUGCUUCCCACAGCUAAAACAAAGUACCCCGACACAAUGUACCAGGUCAGUUAAACACGUAGUAGUAGUAGGAGGCAGCUUUCACGACCAAUAUUAUCUAUAAUCGUUUUUUUGGGUUAGACCACGUAAAUAUAAAUGUCGUUAAACCCGCCACCAUCCGACAGCCAAUUAGUAAGAUUUGUAAAUAAAACGUGCCAAUUCGUUACUAGUUCAGCACUAAUUACUCUCCAGCUAUAACCGGUGUGUUGGAGAGUAACGAAUUGCCACGUUUUGUUCACGUGAUAAACCUUUACUAAAUGGCUGUGUCGGGCAGUGGUGGGUUUUAACGACACAUUUAUAUUUACGCGAUGUAAACAACUCAAUUCUGAAGAAAAUACAAAAAAAAUCUCAACAAAAAUCAUUCAACUGGGGUCACACGCAGCAGCGGCAGCGGCGCACUCCCCCCCCCCCUGCCCUACUGCGAUAACUCGGCAAGAGCCUCCUGGAUGAGACUUACCUGGGUAAUCGAGCGGAAUAAUCAUGCUCAUAUAAAACAUUACCUGAGCAAUCGAGCGGAAUAAUCGUGCUCAUAUCAAACAUUUAUUAUUAUUAUUAUCUAUGCCUCGAUUCUCCUGGCUGGCUGCUGGCUGGGCUCCUCUGCACCCCAACAAUAACUUUAUUGUUCAUGGCCAUGGGCCGUGUAACUGGCUACAGGGGAUUAAAUCAGUGCUGAAAAUGAAAUUCGGAACGUACGGGAGAAGUUGGGAGGAGAGGCGGGACAGUACUCGAUAGCGACGCUGAAGAGGCAGGAGUCACGAACACAGAAGACUCGCCAUGCAAGGUUAUUUAAUGUCGCUCGGACUUUUGGCUCCCUUUUAACCCUUUCCCAUUCCGAUGACGUACGUCACGGAACGUAAUCAGAAGUACAAGGCCAUGCGAGAGGGCGUGUGUGGUACGGUUUGACGGCGACUAUCGUAGAGUGGCGGCGGUUAUGUCACCACGGUUCUCUGCGGUGACGACGUCUGGAAAAACAACGGCGUUGCUACGACUACACCUCUCCUAAAUAAAACGAACGCUGAACCCGCUCGUACGUUCCAAGACUCGGCGGUGAACGGGAUGACCCACCACACCCCACAACUUGCAGACGUCUCGGAGCGGGAAAGGGGUUAAGGUAAUUGUUUCUCCAGAAUCUCUUUAAAUCCUGGAGAAUAUAGAUAUAACAAAAAAAACUCGCAACAGUUAUUAUCAUGGCAUUUUAUUACGACAUCAAAAGGAAGAUUACUGUCGGUGGUUCCGCUAUAAGAUUGUGGCAAGAGUAGUAAAGUGACAGCUGUUUUAUUUUCCGCUGCAGAGCGACGAGUUCUCCACUCGUGAGAUGUUCACUUCCUCACCUGGUAUGCAGGAGGUCGAGCGUUCGAUCACGACCCUGACGCCUGCUGUAUAUUUGGAGUUUGCAGUGUCUCUCUUUCUCCCCGUGGUCGCUUGGAUUUUUCUCCGGUUUUUCCCUCCACACAUUUAUAAUCUGCAUAGUUUUAAUGUAAUGGGGCGUGCAGCCAAUGGCUUGGAAUGCCAAAGCCCCUCCCCCAUGGCGUGGCUGCGCCCUUUCCCCAGGUGAAUGGACACCCGCCGAUGUUUAACUAUUAUAAAGAGUUUGUGCAUGUCGACUGUACAUGCAUGCGUACACAGACCUGUCAACCUAUACGGUUUACCCCGUAUUCUUGUGCAGGGAAAUUGAGUUUUCAGGUCCAUACGGCAUCCAGCCGUUUCAAUUCUGGCUCUGUAGGAUGAACGUUGAGAUGUAUAAGGGCACGGGGCGACCAAUAAGGUCUGAAUUGGUCUGUAAUAAGGUUGGCACUGAUAAGGGGUUGACGGGUGUGCGUACAUUAUAUAUAUUUCACUCGCUAUAAUUAGACGUGAAUUACUAGUCGAAUGCGUUUAUGAGAAAUAUCAAGGGUUCUGGUUGGAUUAUAAAGGCGUGAAUUCCGGGGGGUGAUUAUUUUUUUUAUCUCAACUUGGUUCAUUCGCUGAGGUUUUGGGGAUUUUUCUCUCCGUUACCCCUCCCCCCCGCAGAGGUCGUGGGUUCAAUGUGUGGGGUUGUGUGGAGCGUUGGGUGGAUAAAAUGCAGCAAGUUGGCACUGGGGGGGGGGGGGGGGGGGGGGGGGGUUACAGCUGGUGCAUCUACCGGGCAUCUCAGUCAGCCGACCCAUGGCACCUGCCGGGUCUGUCCCGAGACCUCCCGGCGAGCCUUCGACACUUAACGUGGCCUCAAAGUGCACUUGGGCCUGGCACAGGCGCCGUGGUAACGCCACCGUCACUUAGUGGCGAAUGGCGGCUGAUGUUAUUGGCCAAGGGGGCCCUUUCUGAGCCAAAGAAUAACGGGCGACAGAGCCGUGACGUGUUUCUGUGUCGGCACCGAACGUUUGAUGACAACGCUCUCCCCCGGCAGGUGACGCGACGGCCAAUUUCAACGGCGGUGGUGGGUAUGGCAACAUCUGACUUGUGGGCGACCCACUCGUUUCACCCCGACUCUUACUCAAAUGGCAACGGAUGAUAUUUUUUUGUAACCCCGUAUAUACAACAAUCUGGGCUGUAACUUUCAGUAGACUCCCGAUGAUCCGCGCUAAUGACGGGGAGGACGGCUGCGGAUGAUUCAAAGUCGCGGAUAUAGUUCAGAAAAAGAAGCAUUUCUCCACGGGUCUCUAUGCCAAGAGCUAAUGGUCGACCGAUUGAUGCGCGUGCUCAGUCAUGACACUUUCCUGCUCCCGCGCAGAAGACUCGGCCUACGAAUUGGAUGACGGCAGAGCCACGUCAAUCAACAUCAAUCAAACUCCACCUCACUUGUAAAGAUAUUGCAACUACUGUACUGUAGAGGCGAUCAUGUGGAUUUUAGAUGAGCCGGAUCACACAUUUGUUCGGUUUAAGCACCAUGUGGCUUGUAAUAAACAUUCCCAGGAGUAACAAUGUAUAACUGUUAUGAGAUUACUCGCCUUUUGCUCGUCCAAGGACGGAUGUAUUGCAGUAAAUCUGAAACUUGCAAACGAAAAGCA